CGUUGAUAGCCCGAUAACCUGUCGUGUUGUCCCGUUCGCACCUCCAUCAACUGUCUCUGUGUGUGAAAGCAAUUUUAUUUUUAUUUAUAACAAUUUUUUGCGUUUAUAAACACAACAGAAAUCAGAAGUUUCACUGCAUAAUUCCCGAAAUCGCUCACAUUAGCUGUUGCGGUACCGCGGCGACACGGUAACUCUCCGAAGCUCCCGCUGAAGAAACUCUAGUUCCAUUCUCUCUGGGCCCCAAAAAGAAACCUGCUGCAAAUUCCAGCGAUUUUGUUGAUUAUUAUUCGGCAGUAAUCGCUGGGAACAACAGCAAAACUAGCUGGCUGACGAGUAGCAGGACAGCAGGAAAAACAGAGUGGCAUUCUCUGGAAAAGGGCUUGCAGCGGAAAAUCCAAUUUGUAGCAGGUGAAAGGCAGAGCACGAGAACUGCAUGCCAUGGACUUUUUGUUCGGUUCCCGUUCCAGUAAGACCUUCAAGCCGAAGAAGAACAUUCCGGAGGGCACCCAUCAGUAUGAUCUCAUGAAGCAUGCGGCCGCCACGCUGGGAUCGGGCAAUCUGCGUAACGCCGUGGCUCUGCCGGAUGGCGAGGAUCUGAACGAGUGGGUGGCCGUCAACACCGUGGACUUCUUCAACCAAAUCAACAUGCUCUAUGGUACCAUUACGGAGUUCUGCACGGAGGAGACCUGUGGCAUCAUGUCGGCUGGCCCGAAAUACGAGUACCACUGGGCCGACGGCUUGACCGUAAAGAAGCCCAUCAAGUGCAGCGCCCCAAAGUACAUUGACUAUCUUAUGACCUGGGUGCAGGACCAGCUGGACGACGAAACUCUAUUUCCGUCUAAAAUCGGUGUGCCGUUUCCAAAGAACUUUCACUCCUCCGCCAAGACCAUACUGAAGCGUCUGUUCCGAGUGUACGCGCACAUCUACCACCAGCACUUCACCGAGGUGGUGACGCUGGGCGAGGAGGCCCACCUGAACACGUCCUUCAAGCACUUCAUCUUCUUCGUGCAGGAGUUUAACCUGAUCGAACGGCGCGAGCUGGCCCCGCUCCAGGAACUGAUCGAUAAGCUGACGGCGAAGGAUGAGCGGCAGAUAUAGGAAUCACUGCAGGGUGCCGCCGAUUCCGGCGGCGGUGGCAGCGGUCGCUGUGCGGUUGGCGUUGGCCUGCAGUUAGACUUGUGAUGGGAGCGCUCUGGCAGACUUGUGUAUUACGCUUUAGUUAGUUACCGCCUUUCCUUUCUUUUCCUCGUUUAUAGCUUUUAAGUUUUGUUCAGUGCUUCGCGGGCUCCCACUAAAAUCGCGGCCGAUCGGAGAAGAGAGCCGAACUAUGGCUGGCGGCUGGCUAAUUGCCGAUCCAGAGCAACUACUAUAUUUUUAUAUGUGAAUCGUAACUUUAAGAGAUAUAUAAAUCAUAUUUAUAUGUAUUUGUAAGGGAGAAAACUGAAAGCAUCGGCAGCAGCACGCCCUCUAUUACUAACACACACACCCCCAGCUAACGAGAAUCCACAAAAUUACGUUCACAAAACUAAGCGUGUUUCCUUGUUUAUCGUUUUUUUCUGUAUGUAUGUAUGUAUUUAUUACUAUUAAACUAUCGCUAUGUAGCUCGGCGCCCUGCA